UCUCGGGUCUCAGCAAUAAUAAUAGCUUCUCGCUUCAUCCCAAUAGCUUCAUUUGUGUGUACUUCUCUGAACCGAUCAAUCUCAAAGAAGACGAACAUAGAAAAAAAUCUCUGUUUUAAUCUCUUGCAAAACCAAUUCUAUGUCAGGUAAUCAAGAACCAAUCUUGGUGAAGGAAGAGAGUGUGGUGGGUUUACCAAUACCACUGUUGAAGCUUAAAAGUUGGCAAUGGUGGGUUCUUGUGUCUGUUAACAUCUUCUUUCUUAUUGGUGGUCAAGCUGCGUCAGUGCUACUUGGUAGGUUUUAUUAUGAUCAAGGUGGGAAUAGUAAGUGGAUGGCUACUCUUGUUCAGACUGCUGCUUUUCCCGUUCUGUAUAUCCCGCUUUUGCUUCUUGGUAGGUCGACGAGUGGUUCAGAGUCGUCUUCAGAGCCUGCUUGUUCACUCAAAUACAUUGUCUUGAUCUAUGUUUUGCUUGGUGUGAUCAUUGCUGGUGACAACAUGUUAUACUCUGUUGGGCUUUUGUACCUCUCUGCUUCGACUUAUUCGCUCAUUUGUGCUACUCAGUUAGCCUUCAACGCGGUCUUCUCUUACUUCAUCAAUGCUCAGAAGUUCACUGCUUUGAUUCUCAACUCUGUUGUUCUCCUGUCGUUUUCCGCUGCUUUGAUAGCUCUCAAUGAUGAUGCUGAUACUCCUGCUGGUGUCCCCAGGUCUAAGUACAUUGUGGGGUUUGUCUGUACACUCGCUGCAUCGGCUCUUUAUUCUCUGUUGCUUUCGCUUAUGCAGUUUUCGUUUGAGAAGAUUCUGAAGAGGGAGACGUUUUCUGUUGUUCUUGAAAUGCAAAUAUACACUUCUUUAGUAGCUACUUGUGUCUCUGUCAUCGGGCUGUUUGCUAGCGGGGAAUGGAGAACGCUGCACGGGGAAAUGGAAGGGUAUCACAAAGGUCAAGCCUCUUAUGUACUGACUUUAGUCUGGACAGCGGUCACAUGGCAAGUGUGUUCUGUAGGAGUGGUGGGAUUGAUAUUUCUUGUGACAUCGCUCUUCUCAAACGUCAUUAGUACACUCUCCUUAGCCGUGACUCCACUUGCAGCUUUGGUUGUAUUCCGUGAUAAAAUGAGUGGCGUUAAGGUUAUGGCUAUGCUGAUCGCUCUUUGGGGCUUCGCUUCUUAUGUUUACCAGAAUCAUAUCGACGACUUGAAAGUAAGACGAGCGCGACAACAAGCUCACACCAGAAGGGUGGAACCUCCCUGCUGAUUCUGCAAUGAUUCUAGCAGAGAUAUAUUGGUUUAGAUAUACAACAAUAAUUGUCACUCAUACUUGUCUUGUCACAUUGUUUUUGAAAUCAAAUCUGUCUAAUAUACUGAUGGGAAAACAAUAAUUCGAUACAAAAUUUUGUGAAAAUGAAAUGAAUUAACAUUUUGUAGUA